AUGACGUCCUCAGACCCCAUCAAGGACGGCAAGGGCAAUGUGGAGCUUCACGAAGUUGCCCUGGACGAGAAGCUUGCAGUCGUCGCCGUCGACAAAGAUGGAUUCGGCGCCAGAAAGAAGGUCGACCCUAAGGAGAUCAAGCUCGUGCGAAAGAGUGAUUUGUAUAUGAUGCCCACGCUAUGGCUCAUGUACUUCCUCAAUUUUCUCGAUCGAAACGCGAUGGUCAACGGAAAGCUCAACGGGCUCGCGACGGACCUUAAUUUGAAGGGUACAGAGUAUCAGACCUGCGUAUCCAUACUAUUCGUCGGCUACCUACUGGGCCAAGUACCCUCGAACAUGCUUCUCAACCGCGUCCGUCCAUCGUGGUUCAUGGGUGGCUUCAUGAUGGCUUGGUCGAUUGUCAGUCUCCUGACAUACAUGUGCCACAACUACACCACUAUGCUUGUUUGCCGAUUCCUGCUGGGCGUUACUGAGGCACCGUUCUAUCCGGGCGCCUUGUAUAUGAUCAGCAUGUUCUACACGAAAAAGGAGAUGGCCACGCGAAUGUCGGUGAUGUAUACAGGGAAUAUGCUGGCCAGCUCGUUUUCUGGCCUCAUCGCAGCUCCUAUCUUUUCCGAACUGGAUGGGCAUAAGGGCCUCAGUGGCUGGCAGUGGUUGUUCAUCAUCCAAGGCGCCGCAUCUAUUGGCGUAGCAUUCGCAGCAGUCUUUCUCUUACCUGACAGUCCAUUGAAGACCCGGUGGCUCACCCAAGAGGAACGCUUGAUCGCCCAUCAACGCAUCUUUGACGAUCAGACCGGUCGCCGCUCAGAGAAGUCUAGUGUCUGGAAAGGCCUGCGGGAGGCCUGCAUAGACUACAAGACCUGGAUCUUUUGUCUUAUGGACAACUUGCACCUGUCAGCCAACGGCUUCAAGAACUUUCUUCCUUCGGUCGUGGAGACGCUGGGCUUUAAUACCACCACAACGCUAGCACUGACAUGUCCACCUUAUCUCGUUGCCGGCUUCAUCAGCAUCGCCGUGUCAUGGAGCUCUGGUCGAUUCAACGAGCGGACCUGGCACACAACUGUCUCGAAAGUGAUCGCGUGUGUUGGGCUCGCCGUGGCCGCGGGUACUACCAGCAUUGCUGGUCGAUACGCCGGCAUCAUGAUCUUUGUCGGCGCAACUUAUGGCGUCAACAAUAUCAUCCUUGCCUGGUCCGCUGCCAGUCUGGGAGAGACUGAUGAGAAGAAAGCCGUCGCUAUCGCCAUGACGAACACUUUCGGGAACAUUGCUUCCAUCUAUACGCCGUACCUCCGGCCGGACUCGAGUGCGCCUCGUUAUAUCCCGGCGUUCAUGGCGAGCAUUGGCUUUUCGAUGGGAGUCGUCAUUUGUGCUUGA